AAUAAGUUGACCAUAGGUUGCGGACUGGGAACAAUUUCCUUGAGUUCUCCCCCACUUCCAUCAUUCAACUUGCCGAAAUUUUUUUAUUGUAUUUCAUUCGUUUGUUCGACUUCACAUUCACAAUCUGAUGGGAAUCAGGUUUCAUUAUCCACCGAGGAACGUCCUUAGUUGGAGACUGAUGUUGGAGUGGACAUGCUCAGUUGCUGUUGCCUUUGCUCACAUAUCCCUGUGUUGUUCACUCUCACCAAUUUCUUAUAUUUGUGCUACCGCCCUGCUGGGUGUUAUGUUUAGCAGCUUUGCGGGUCCGGUACCUGGUAUAGGAAAGACUAGCCAGACGAUCCCUGUCAGGAUCAUGUGGAAAUCAAUCGAACGAAACAAUCCAGAAGUUUGUCGAAAACCUUCUCACUCAGCUCAUCUGCCAGGAAGAUUUAUCUUUUGCCGAGUUUCAGAGAUCUGCUGGCUUGUUGUCUUUCCUCUGAAAUUGUGAUAGAUACUGUGACGGAACAAGGAUGUGGACUAAAAAUUUGAAUUUUGGCAUUGUUGCGCAUCUGAACUUCACGGGGCAGUCUAGUUACUUCAAUUCUGCCGCCAGCAAAGGGAUGGAUUGUUUUAUAUCCUUCCCAUGAUGUUUUCUGUGCAUAGUCUAGUUACUUCCCUAUUCGGAUAGUUAUUGAAUCCGAUGAGAAGCUCGUCGGCAUGCUCUGACUCUGUUUGAUUGUUUUUUUUUGGGGUGACAGCAGGCCACCCAGUCACUGACGAAUGGGGGUAGAACAAGGAUGACAGGGGACUAAGUAGCAGUGUGUUAUUUCAUCACUGUUUGCAUUUCGCUGGAGAAUGCAGCCCAAAAAUAACCAGGAACUAAUCUGUUCUGAGAUUGUGGAGAUUGGCACUACCCUUGUUUAAGGUCCACGUAGAACCUGAACUCGCCUAGAAGUUGGACAAUUCUAGGAUAUUGCAACUGAACUAACCCUCACCAUCGAAAAGGGCAAGUUCAGUACUGGAUCCAGCCUGCUUGUGCUGGUAUUAAUGUCUUUCCACGUCCGAAAUUCCUGCAUAUUCAGUCGUCUCGAUGUUUAUCUAUAGAAACUAUAACCUUCCAUGGUUGGAGGCUUGUCGACAUUGUCGCUCAGGUAGUGUGUGCGGAUAUCAUCAGUCGAAGGGUGCAUGCUGAAUGCCAGGUGUUCUCUGACUUUGUGGUGAGGAAAGUUCUACCCAGUCACUGAUGGAUGGGAAUGGAAUAGGGAUGAGAGGGGACUAAUAGCAGUGGAGUCGUUUUUCAUCGUUUGACUCAUCCAUUUCUCUGGGGAAUGCAGCUCCAGAAUAACUUGGAACUUUUUAGUCAAUCAGUUCUGAGAUCAUGGGAAUUGGAAUAACCUUUUUUUUAAGGAAAGCAACAGGGACCUAACAGUAGUCCUGUUAUCCUAUCGAAUAGUUGUUUUGUCACUCGUGAAUGCGCAUAAAGAUACAUUGUGGCUGACUAUGUUUCUGCCCACAAUGUAGCAUGCUGUUGGAGUUGUAACAUGUUACGUCUAUGUUCUCCACAGAUAUUUCUGUCUUUGGGCUUGAGAGAAGUUAGCAAAGCUUUUCCCUCAUUGCAGCUCUGCUACUGCUAGUCUUCAUUCAUCAGCAGUAGACCGGUGAGGUUGCCCGAGGGUCAGCAGCUGGCAUGGGCAAGCCAAGGGACAAGUUUUGGGAUCACGUUGAAGUCAUGCCGAAUGAAGGUGAAGCGAAGGAUUGUUGGAAGUGUAAGUCCUGCCACAAACUAUUUUCCGGGGGAGCUUCCAGGAUAAAGGCGCAUUUGGGUAAGGUUGAAGGGAAAGGAAUUAAAGUUUGUGAAAAUGAACUUGAUGAAGCUAGGAUGAAAGAAGCUAACGAGGCUCUUGAGAAGAGUACAAUGAGAAGAAAGGUGGGCGCUGGAACCAAUUCAGCUCAAGUCAACCCACAGCAGGUGGUGGCAGAUUUGCGGAUUGCUCUGCCAGCUCCUGGCCAAAGCAACCCCAAUGCGCCAGAACCACUGCAGCAGAGUCCUAAUCUAGAUGACUUCUCCAAUUCGCACUGUAUUUUCGGGGAUUCUAGUGCAAACUUCUUACGAGAAGUCUGUGGUGGAGCAGAGGUGGAAGGGUCAUCAAAUGCUCAUGUGUAUAACAAGGAAAGAAGUAGCAUACCAUGUUCAAGCUUUGUCACAGAAGCAGCUGACCGAUCGGGUUGGCCUGAACACAGCACUCCCCAACUAGAAGACCAACCACCAUUGCAAGAGGAUCAGUAUAGUUCGUACGCACAUGAGCUGCAGGUUGAAAAUGAAAAUGCACUCUCACUCGAGAUCCAAUCCAUGCAACUAGAUGGUCCUGUUCUGCUACCUGAGAAUGUUCAGCCAUCUCCUGAAAGCACACGUAAUGUACCACCGUGGGUGAUGUCAGAGGUUAAUUCCUGUAGAGACAACCCAGUGCUAGAUGACCUCGAUCUGGUAGUUGAAGACCGUGAAGCUAAUAGCAUUAUGCCCGAGCAAACCAAUUAUUUUGAUCCGAUGCGGAUUGAUCCAGAUCCUAACAAUGAAGACAAUGGGGACAGUGCUUCAGUUCUACCUUCUUUUGCGCCAAACUUGUUUGCAAGGGAAUCUGCACAGUGUGAGAUGUUGGCGCCCAAAUUAGUGGGUUGAGAACGGAUUGUGGAUGAGCUCUGGGAUUACUUAAUGAUAAAUGAUAUAUUACGCAUCAAAGUCUAUGGGAUGGGGGAGUAGGGAAAACCACAACCAUGAAACACCUCUAUAAUAAAGUGCAUGACGGUGCCGCCUUUGAGAAUGUAUUUUGGGUUACGGUGUCAAAAGAAUGCAGUAUCCACGAGCUUCAAAAUAAGAUUGCCAGAGCCCUCAAGGUUCCUGACCUUUUCAAGGAUGUUGACGAAGGGAUGAGGCCACCAUUGUUGUUCAAUCAUUUGAGCGAGAAAAAGAAGCGUCUAGUUAUUUUAGACGAUAUGUGGCAGCAUUUUGAGCUUGCAGACGUUGGUAUUCCUGUCAAAAGAGAUGGUGUUCACUUGGUCCUAACAACACGAUAUCUUGGUGGUUGCAAAAAGAUGUUGUGUCAAGUGGAAGUUGGAGUUCGACCUCUAUCUGAUGAAGAAGCAUGGGCAUUGCUUGUACAGACACUUGGUUCUGAUCUACCUCCUAGUCGGAAACUUGUUGCUGAGGAUAAGGAGUGCGAACGCUUGCCGUUAGCUAUCGUUGUUAUGGCAGGAAGCAUGAGGGGAGAGGUCGAGGAUCAUUUAUGGGAAGCCACGCUGGAAAAUUCAAAACGACCAGGAGUUCUGGAACAGACAAUUUGUUGACAUGAACUUAACGGAUGUUAAAGCGGACCCGCAAUGGCACACAUGAUACCAGUUAUUGCACGACAUCUCAGGAUUGCGAGUAUGGUUUUCUGUUCUACCCCAUUGCAGGGGUCACUACCCAAAAGCUUGUCGAAGCCUUUUCUCUCAAGCUGCCGGUUUCACUCAGCUCAUCUGCUUGGAAGAUUUUUUUACUUGUGCUGAGUUUCAGUGAUCUGCUCUCUUGUUGGAAAUCUUUCCGUUGGUGAUCGCCCCAUCUCUGGGAGAUCUUGGAGGUAAACUUGCUCUGCCUCCGCAGAAAUUGUGAGUCCAAGUGGAACCUGAACUUAACUAGAAGCUGGACAGUUCUAAGAUAUUGCAACUGAACCUAUUCUCUCCAUCAAAAAGGGCAAAGUUCAGUGCUGCAUCCAGCCUGCUUGUGCUGGUACUAAUGUCCUUCCACGUCUGACAUUUCUGCAUAUUUAGUUGUCUCAAUGUUUAUCCAUAGAAACUACAAGCUUUGAAGGUUGGAGGGCUUCGUAGCUUAGUGCGCCCUGCUAUCAUCAGUCAAAGAGUGUAUGCUGAAGGUGAGGGGAGGUCUGGCCAGUCAAUGAUGGAGGGGGAUGGAACAAGGAUGAACGGGGACUAAAGUAGCAGUGGAAUCUUUUAUCAUUGUUUGCUUCAUCCAUUUCGCUAGGGAAUGCUGCUCCUGCUCCAAAAUAACUUGGAACUAUCUAAAGUCAAUCAAUUCUGAGAUUACGGGAUCAGAACGACCCUUUUUUAAUCUGCCGGAGGGUUAGUAGCUAGCAUGGAUAGGAAAAAGGUGGGUAAGCCAAGGGACAAGUUUUGGGAUCACGCUGAAGUCAUGCCCAAUGAAGGUGAAGCCAAGGAUCGUUGGAAGUGUAAGUUCUGCCACAAGCAAUUUUCCGGGGGAGCUUCCAGGAUAAAGGCGCAUUUGGGUAAGGUUGAAGGCAAAGGAAUUAAAGUUUGUGAAGGUGAAGUUGAUGAAGCUACGAUGCACGAAGCUAACGAGGCACUUGAGAAAAGUACAAAGAGAAGAAAGGUGGACGCUGGAACCAAUUCAGCUCAAGUCAACCCACAGCAGGUGGCGGCAGAUUUGCAGAUUACUAUGUCAUCUCCUGGCCAAAGCAACCCCAAUGCACCAGCACCACUGCAGCAGAGUCCUCACCCAAUCCACCAGAUGAGCUCGCCUCUGCUAGUUGCGUCAAUGGAUAAUCUUGACAUCUCCGAUUCACAAAGCAUUUUUGGGGAUUCUAGUGCAAACUUAUUACGAGAAGUCUGCAGUGGAGCAAUGGUGGAAGGUCCAUCAAAUGCUGAUGUGUACAACAAUGAAAGAAGUAGCAUACCAUGUUCAAGCUUUGUCACGGAAGAAGCUGACCGAUCGGGUUGGCCUAAACACAACACUCCCCAACCAGAAGACCAGCCAUAUUUGCAAGAGGAUCAGUGUACUGCGUACGUGCAUGAGCUGAUUGAAAUUGCAAAUGCACCCUCACUCGAGAUACAAUCCAUGCAACCAGAUGGUCCUGAUCUGCUACCUGAGGAUGUUCAACCAUCUCUUCCUGAAAGCACACGUAAUGUACGACCAUGUGCUGGAGACAACCCAGUGCAACAUGAGCCCAAUCUGGUUGCUAAAGACCAUGAAGCUAACAGCAUUAUGCUUGAGCAAACCAAUCAUUUUGAUCCGAUGCGGAUUGAUCCAAAUCCCAACAAUGAAGACAACGGGGACAGUGCUUUGGUUCUACCUUCUUCUGCGCCGAACUCGUUUGUAAGGGAAACUAUACGGCGUGAGAUGUUAGCGCCCAAAUUAGUGGGUCGAGAACGGAUUGUGGAUGAGCUCUGGGAUUACUUAAUGACAAAUGAUACAUUAUGCAUCGGAGUCUAUGGGAUGGGGGGAGUAGGGAAAACCACAACCAUGAAGCACCUUUAUAAUAAAGUGCAUAACAGUGUUGCCUUUGAGAAUGUAUUUUGGGUCACGGUGUCAAAAGACUGCAGUACGCACGAGCUUCAAAAUAAGAUUGCCAGAGCCCUCAAGGUUUCUGACCUUUUCAAGGAUGUUGACCAAGAGAUGAGGCCAACAUUGUUGUUCAACCAUUUGAGUGAGAAAAAGAAGUGUCUAGUUAUUUUAGAUGAUAUGUGGCAGCAUUUUGAGCUUGCAGACGUUGGUAUACCAGUCAAAAGAGAUGGUGUUCGGCUGGUCCUAACAACGCGAUAUCUUGGUGUUUGCAAAAAGAUGUUGUGUCAAGCGGAAGUUGGAGUUCGACCUCUAUCUGAUGAAGAAGCAUGGGCAUUGUUUGUACAGACACUUGGUUCUGAUCUACCUUUAAGUCGGAAACUUGUUGCUGAGGAUAUUAUUAAGGAGUGCAAAGGCUUGCCGUUAGCUAUUGUUGUUAUGGCGGGAAGCAUGAGGGGAGAGGUCGAGGAUCAUGUAUGGGAAGCCACGUUAGAAAAUUUAAAACGACCAGGAGUUCUGGAGCAGAGUAUGAAAGAGAGUGUUUUCCCGAUUUUGGUGCAGAGUUACAACCGCCUGGAUGAGAAGAGACAACUGUGUUUCUUAACGUGUGCUCUAUAUCCUGAAGAUUGGUUAAUCCCUAGACAAGAGCUGAUAGAACUUUGUAUUGAUGAGGGGGUGAUUCGUGAAGAUAAGAGGAGGAAGAUGUAUAACGAAGGGCACAGAUUAUUAGAUGAACUUGAAAAGGCAUGCCUCUUGGAGGCAGGCGGUAGAGGAGUUAGGAUGCAUGAUGUGAUUCGGGAUAUGGCACUGCACAUCAUGAACGUGAACAGUGCCCCAUGCAUGGUGAAAUCUGGCUUGGGUUUGGAAGAUGUGCCGGAUGAUGAGGAUGAUUGGAAACAUAACCUUCAGAAGGUCUCCUUGAUGAGGAAUGACAUAAUGGCAGUUCCACGGUCCAUAUCACCAAACUGUCCUCAACUCGCAACUCUGCUGCUAAGUUACUGUUUGAGUUUGCGUAAAAUCUCAAAACGUUUCUUUCAGCGGAUGCAGGGGUUGAAGGUUAUUGAUUUGAGAAGGACCAGCAUCACAGAAGUGCCAAAAUCUGUCAUGAACUUGAAAAAGUUGAACGCACUUAUACUUAACAGGUGCUUUGAAUUAUCUCGUAUUCCGUCGUUGGCGAAGUUGACAUCGUUAAGGAAGUUGGACCUCGAAGGGUGUAUAAAUAUUAAAGAAGUACCAGAUGGUUUGGGGAUGUUGGUCAAUCUUACAUAUCUCAGCUUAAGAGAGACGGGGAUUGAAAGGAUUCCAGAUGCAGUAGUUUGUAAGUUAAAGAAGCUACAACACCUUGAAGCGGGUAGUAUUGCAGUGAAGGGAGAAGAAGUUGGAAAAUUGAGGAAGUUGGAGGCCCUCCGAUGUCGUUUUGAAAACGUGAAUGAGCUGAAUGAGUACGCACUGUGUGCGACAACUAUAGAGUCAUACACUCUCGUCGUAGGAGCUCAUGCAUAUGAUGAAGACUGUGUAAAUUUUUUUAAUAGUGGCAAAGUUAUUAUUAUGGAUGAAGGAGAGUAUAAGAUAGGAGAAACUUGUCAUCUCCCAAGAGACGUGAAGGCAUUGUGGAUUCGAGAGUAUGGCGGGACGUGGAAUAUAUCCAGUUUUAAGGGACUUGAAGAAUUGGAGGAGCUACAGAUUGAAGGGUGCGAUGAGGUGUCAACACUGAGUGGGAAUGGGGGACAGCCAGAAGACCACUGCCCUAAUCUCAAGGCGCUUGAGAUCUCUAGAUGUCCAAAAUUGCAGCAUCUGUUGGUGCCCAGACACAGUUGCAAUCUGUACCUUAAGAAACUAGAAAAGCUCGAGAUAAGACACUGCGAGGAGCUGGAGAGUAUAAUAGACGAAGAACAAUCACCAACAUCAUCAACAUCACCACUGCCACCCGACGCUUUCUCCCAACUCCAAUCAGUUGAAAUCGUCAAUUGUCCAAAGAUGAAGAUGAAGAGGGUGCUAACUCUUGAGUCAUUCAUGCCCAUCCCCAACCUCCAGACUAUCAACGUUCAUGAUUGCGAAGAGAUGGAGGAGUUGAUAGGCGGCCAAGAAUUAGACCACGAAGCCACCAGCAGCUUUGAGGAGCUGCAGAGUAUAAGAGGAGCAGCAACGGGCGAAGAAGAAUCACUGACAUCAUCAAUUAAAAUUGACAAUUGUCCAAAUAUGAAGUACGGGGUGGGGCCAAAAUCGCUUCCAGUUCUUAGGGAAAUAGAAUUAAGUGGAUGUGAUAAGAUGAAGAGGGUGCUAACUCUUGAGUCGUUCAUGCUCCUCCCCAACCUCGAGAGAAUGAUUGUUCGUGAUUGCAAAGAGAUGAAGGAGGUGAUAGACCACGGAGCCACCAGCAGCUUGUUGUUGUCCCCCAUUCCAGCAGCAUCUCCUGGCGAUCAAUUAAGUACAAGAAAUCUGUCCUUACAUUUGUCCCUUCUCCCGGAGCUGGAGAGCAUAUGCAGUUGGAUCGGACUUCGGGAUCUCAUACAUGUCAUUGAGAUAAGUGGAUGUCCAAAGCUGAAGAGGAUUGAAAUGCUAGAUGAUGCUUCUCUUCCCCCUUCUCUUAAGGAGAUAGUACUAAUAGAUGAAGUGGAUGUAAAUAUAGAAAAACAAUGGUGGGAAUCUCUGGAAUGGGUCCACCCUGAGGCCAAGACUACCCUUGAACACUAUGUGUUUGUUUAUUCGCCAGACCGAAAAAUUCCUUUGCGAGAAUGCCGGUCGUAAUCAACGGCGGGAUUAGGGAAGGAGGGAUGGACCCAAACUGUGCUCAGAGGAAGUAAUGAUACCCGUCGAGCUUGCUGCUGCUGUGAGAGAUUUUCGGAUCAUGGAUAGAUUAAAAGAUGGGGAAGUUGGAGAUAGCGAACUGCUGCUUAUGUGAUAUAGUGAUGAGGAGAUGCAUUUGCCCUGCAUAUAUAAUGCAUAGUUUAAUGAAGAACUUGAAACAUAUGUCGACUGUUUGCCUGCUCUGUUAAGUACUGUAACACUCAGAGUAUUCUCUAGAUAUGUUGGCUAUCGGGAGGUGUUACUUACAUGUGUGCCUACAAUAACUGUUCAUCUCGGCGUGCAGAGUGUGUAGAACUCUGUUGAAUCUAUCCAUUGUUCUUCUAAAAAUUCUCUGUGUUUUAAGCAUUUAACUAUGCCGGACAGAGAUGGAAAUGCUGUUCAGUCGGUCAAUAUGUUGACAUGACGAGAAUUGGAGUUCCAUCA